UGCCACAUCGCUACCAUGGCCAAGCAGCUCCAAGAGGCGGACGAGGAAGUCACGCAGGCCAUGGCAGAGAUCCAGCCAGCUUCGGGUACCAAGCCACCUGAGGCACCCCAACGGCCUGCCCAAGUCAGCAUUCGUGAAGUGGUGGAGGGCCAAGUGGACAUCAAAGAUGUCUUCUCAAUGGGCGACUUCUUGGGUAUUUCAGAUGUGGUUGCAUCCCAUGAGCUGGACGAACAAGACAUCAAAGAGCUGGGGCGGCGCAAAGCAGAGGCCCCAGACAACAUCCAGACGCACCUCUCCAACAUCUUCAAGGGUGCCUUGGAGCAAGUCGCCAUGGCGAAAGAAGCACACAAGGAGCACGUCAAGCGUCUGGAGGGAAAGAAGCGCAAGGUGGAGGGAGGGGCCUCUACAGCAGGACUCAGCCCCUGGAAGUCGCAGCGCCCAGCCCACACGGUCACCUACGAGAGCGACUCCAGGAUCGACGACGUCGAUUGCUGCGCGCGGAUCGACGGGGCCUUCGACUACGACGGGAUCGCCGACGAUGAUUGCAGCCAGUCCAUCAUCGCAGUUCACAUGGCCAGCAUCCCGAACCGCGUCGACUGG